AUGUCAACAAAUCAGCUCGAAACAUCCGCAGUUCUGCAGGGCCCGCCUCCAGUGGAACAGAAUGAUGACCUAAACGUGACCGAGGAUGAUCUUCUCCAGGCCAGGGAAGCCGCAAAAGGCUUCACGCUUGAAGAAACGCGUGAGAUGAUGAAAAAUGUUAUGAAGGUCCACGAGAAAGACCCAAACUUUCCCGUAUUGAUCCUUGACAGAAUCAAUGAGUUCCUUGGCAAUGAAGAUAUUUUCGAUCAUCCAGAGAACUACAGCGAACUCGUCGCUGAGAUGAAAACCGAGGCGGCUCUAAUCACGAACAAUAGUCCAUACGCCGAGGUGCGGGCUGUGGUCAGCAAUACCGACGAUGUUAAUAUACCAAGUUCUACUAUACGGGCCUGGGUCAUUGGUCUGCUAUUCGUUGUCGGACUAGCCUUCAUUAACCAACUCUUCUCUAUUCGACAACCCCCGAUCAAUAUCCAGGCCAACGUAGUACAGUUGCUGUGUUACCCAGUUGGAAGAGCAGCAGCUGCAUUACUUCCAGAUUGGGGAUUUACACUUUUUGGAUCUCGACAUAGCCUGAACCCAGGCAAAUUCUCGACAAAAGAGCACAUGUUGAUCACCAUCAUGGCCAGUGUCGGUUAUGCUACACCAUACACUGAUAAUAUAAUCUGGGCUCAGUAUCUUCCUCAGUACUUCAACCAGAGUUAUGCAGGUCACUUCGGUUACCAGAUUUUGAUCGCACUUUCUACCAACUUUAUCGGCUACGGCAUUGCUGGUCUCUGCAGAAGGUUCCUUGUUUAUCCCGCGCAUUGUGUGUGGCCUGCGUCUCUAGUCACUAUCGCGCUGAACGAUGCUUUCCACACGGAGAAGAACAUCCCUGUUCCAGGCCCUCUGAAGAGAUUCUUCACCACUUCGCGUCUGAAGUUCUUCUCUUAUGCUUUCGUGGCAAUGUUUAUCUGGUUCUGGUUUCCCGAUUACCUUUUUCAGGCUUUGAGUAUUUUCAACUGGAUGUCCUGGAUUGCUCCAAACAACCUGAAGCUCAACACUGUCGUCGGAUUCAACAACGGUCUCGGACUCAAUCCAUUCCCAACAUUCGACUGGAAUAUCUUACUCUGGGACGACCCUCCACAGGAUCCCUUGAUGGUGCCGUUUUUCAAUACCUUCAACAAGUUUAUUGGCUCAUUCCUUUCCAUGUUUGUCAUCCUUGCCAUCUGGUAUACGAACUCUUACAACACUGGCUAUCUCCCAAUCAACACCCCUAGAGUUUUUGACCACUUCGGAGAGCACUACAAUGUCUCCUUGGCGAUAAACGAGAAAGGAUUGUUUGAUGCUGCGAAAUACGAGGCUUAUUCCCAAGCCUACUUAUCCGCUGGUUAUCUUACCGUAUACAUGUUCUUCUUCGCCAUAUAUUCCGCCACCAUCUCGUACGCUUACCUGUAUCACCGCCAUGAAAUUGCAAUGGGAUUCCGCAAUCUGCGAAACAGUUUUCGAAGGGAGAGGGAGAGUGAGUACGAAUAUAAGGAUGUCCACAACCGUCUAAUGGCUGCUUAUCCUGAAGUUCCCGAGUGGUGGUUUCUCAUAUGCCUUGUAGCUGCCAUUGGUACAGGUUGUGCUGCAAUCAGUGGGUGGCAGACUUACACCAGCGUUGGCGUUGUGUUUUACGGUAUUGCUUUGUGUCUGGCAUUUGUUAUUCCAAUUGGCAUGAUUAAGGCAAUCACGGGAAUUGAAGUGACCUUGAAUGUUCUUGCGGAAUUCAUUGGCGGUUCAUGGGUUGCAGGAAAUGCACUUGCCAUGAACUAUUUCAAGAGUUAUGGUUAUGUCACCUGUGCUCAUGCUCUUCGUUUCUCGAAUGACUUGAAGCUGGCACACUACGUCAAGGUACCGCCCAAACACACGUUCUGGGCACAGAUGAUUGCCACUGUCAUUUCCAGCUUGGUUUGCACGGGAGUCCUAAACUUCCAAAUGAACCAAAUCGAGGGAGUCUGCACCUCAACGCAAAAAGAUCACUACACCUGCCCUGGAAUCAACCAAUUUUUCACUGCAGCCGUACUUUGGGGAACGAUAGGGCCGAAAAAGGUCUUUGGAUCACACGGCCAAUACACUGCUUUGCUUGUGGGCUUCCCCCUUGGUUUCUUUCUUCCAUUCGUUUUCUACUAUACCCAAAAAAAGUUUCCCAAUCAAACUUGGUUGCGGCAAGCCCACGUUGUCGCCAUCAUAUAUGGAGCUAUUUCGUGGGCUCCUUACAAUCUCAGCUACACUUGGCCUUCAGUACCGAUUGCUUGGCUGAGCAUGGUGUAUAUGAAGAAGAGAUUUCUUGGUUUCUGGUCCAAGUAUAACUAUGUCCUCUCAGCCUCUUUUUCCUCGGCGAUUGCCAUUGCUGCUAUCAUUAUCUUCUUCGCUCUGCAGUGGACUGAGACCACUCUUGACUGGUGGGGCAAUACAGUGAGCUUUCAGGGUUGCGAAAGCACGCCUUGCGUAACACAUACUCUGACUGAUGGGGAGUAUUUUGGUCCGAGAAUUGGGGAAUUUCAUUAGCCGCAGCCUUGACUCAAGGAGUAAUUGUGAGUUGGCUGCUUUUGAAUUCGGAAAGUCAGACACAAGCCCAGGCUCAGAAGGUAAUAUAUACGG